AUGGGCAGCCAGGGGAAAGCACCAGCCUCUGGCUGGGCCAGAGCAGAGAAGGGCUCCCGGCUUAGUCAGCUGCCCCAUUUCCAGUUCAAGGAGAUAAUGAAGAGGCACAAACGCCAGGAAAAGCUGGGCCCAGGAACGUACAACAUAAGGGACUUUCUGCAAGAGACACGGCCCUCCAGCCUCCGGGGUAUCUGUGACAUGAGGGAGCCGCGGUUCAGAGAUGCCCACAGGGACUGCUUCCCUGGGCCUGGCACGUACGGCCCCCAGGGGAACCCUUACGCCUGCCUCGAGGAGAGGGACAAGCGCUCCGCCAGCACGAGAGGGCUGAUGGACAGCAGGACAGCGAAGUGUGCCCCACUGGCAGCCAUGGGCAGUGGCCUGGGACCUGGCACCUACUACCUGCAGAGCAGCAUCGACGAGGGGCUGCGGCGGGCAGGCGGCCCCAGCCAGCCCCUCUCGGGGGACAGGUUGAAGCCCACCGGUCGUGGCCAUCAUGCCUUGGAGCAGAGCAGAGGCACUGAGCUGAGCACUGGCACAGUCAAGGGUUUCCUGGACGAGCUGAUGUUGAAGGAGAACAGGAAGAAAGGCUGCUUCAGCACUCUGCCAAGGAGCCCAGGCUGCCCCACGGAGAGGAUUUUCUGGGCCACACUCAGCCAGUGCCCAAGAGAGGCGUAUGCAGUGGGGCCAGGCUCCUACAACCCAAAGCCCAUUGAGAGAUCAACGUAUUCCAGCCAAUUCCCAUUCUGGUCAUCUGCCAAGAGAUUCGACAGAAAGUCCUACCGCCUCUUUACUGGGAACGAGCAGCAUCAGCAGCAUGUUGCAGAGCCCAUGCAGAACCCUGUAGGUGUUGGUCGCUAUGACAUCACCAAGCAUGAAAAUUACCCUCAGAAGAUAAGAUACCAGUCCCUGUACCGGUGUGAUGUGCAGCGGUACCUGAACAACUUGAAGCGGGACGCCUACUUGCUCGAGCGGAUCAAGCCUAUUGGUAAAAAAAACUGGAAUGAUUUGAUUUCUGCUCCACGUUGUCCAGAUACCUCUGAAGACAUUGCUGCUAUUUUCUAA